AUGUCGUCGAUUACACUUCUUUUUACUCUGCUCUUAACAAUUAAUCUGGCUGUUCGAGCCGAGUUUAGUAAACAUUUUGGGAGCUGGCUGAGUGAGCACUUUGGGGAGGAUGUAAGACAACAUUUGGAGAGGUAAGCACGUUAAUUCUUUUCAAUUCUCAUCCAUUUUUUGACAUUUUUGACCAAAAACUCAAAAUAUUUUUUAAUUCCUUGCCCGGUUCGGAUUUAAUUUUAAAUUUUGGAACUCCAGAUUGGACCUUGGUCCAGGUGGUUCCUUCGGAGGCAAAAAGGAUGACUUUCAUAAAGUCACCAAACAACCAGUGAUCUUCGUUCAUGGAGUAUCCAACACGGCCGGGGAUAUGAUGCUGAGAGCCGCAACUCACUUCCAGUAAGCUGACUGCAACUAAUAACCGCCGCAUAAUCUAGUCAACACUACAAUUAUACGAACGCCGAGAUGUAUGGCACAACAUAUGCGAACGGGAACCAAGGGAAUCCGCUGCAGUGGGCUCAGUAUCAGAUGCAAUGUCAUUACGUGAAGCUGGUCCGCGCUCUGAUUGUGGCGGUCCGAUUAUACACAGGCCGGGCUGUAGAUGUGGUCGGCUACUCGCUGGGGGUACCAGUUUCUCGAAAGGCCAUCUGGGGAGGGCGGUGUGUGGAUACGGGGGAGGAUUUGGGAGCUCCUUUGACCAAAUUCGUGGACACUUAUGUUGGAGUGGCUGGCCCCAAUCAUGGGAUCGCCCUCCAAGUUGGGGGAAUUCAAGUGCCGGGCUGUGUUUUCAGUGUGGUCCCCAUUUGUAAUACCAGGACCGGCCUUUAUUCGGGUUUCUGUCCGGCCGAAAGCGACUUCCUGCAAGACAUCAACAGAAAUGCGGGAUAUGAAGGACAACAUCGCUUCUCCAUCUACAGCCGAGCCGACCAGAUUGUAGGCCAUACUGUUUGUGGAAGAGUAAGUGAACUGCUCGAUUACUUGUAGUCACUGUUACAAACUCAUCGCUUUCUUUCCAGAUCACCAGCCAGGUUCCCCAGCAACAUGGAGAAAAGGUUUUUGCCGAUAAAAACCAUGAUGACACCUUCUACGACUCAUUCCCCUUCCUUUACAAGAUGGUCAGCGAACAUGUAGUCGAAUAA